AUGAGUGAAAACUCUGGUCAAGCUGCUCAAGAGGUCUCCUCCGUGGAGAUGGAGUUUGACGACCUAUGUCGUGAGCAAGAUGUGCAAGAAGCAAUCAAAAAACUAGCUGAUCGGCUGAACAAGUUCCAGACAACUCUAAUGGGGCCUAAAGAUUCACACUUUCCUGAAUUGAGCUUACCAAACACAGGACCCUUCAUUACUCUGCAAGAUCUCAAGCUCUCCAUUCCGUUACUCAGCACCUUGCCUCUAACUCGAGAUGAUGCAGAGAUGGUUGAAUUUGUGCGCAAUUUUAAGCACAGAGAUGAGCAGUACAAGACCGUGUUGACCGAGAAACAUCAACGUGCAGACAACAGCAGCUUGAUACAUAGUGGAGAUCUUGACAGCAGCCUUGCAAAUUAG